AGCCAAUUUUGCCGAGCCUUCUUGCCCCUUUGCUGUUGUGACGAGUGCUGCUCAAGCAACUCGGGUUGUGUGGGAGUGAGCUCUUUUGCUGAGAACGUCUGGCUACUUGCUACAAAGACUCUAUUGACAUUGGUGGCUUCAGUGGCGGCCCCUUCUUAAGGUAGAGAUAGUUGCUUUCUGCAGAGGUUACAGGCAUCCUUUCCUAGGAUUGCCUUAGGCUCGGCACCCCUAGCAGGAGACAUGCCUCGGGGACGGAAGAGUCGGCGCCGCCGUAACGCUAGGGCCGCAGAGGAGAACCGCAAUAAUCGUAAGAUACAGGCCUCGGAAGCAUCCGAGACCCCAAUGGCAACCUCUGUGGUCCCGAGCACCCCCGAGGAUGACCUGAGCGGCUCGGAGGAAAACCCGAGCACUCCGGAGAAGGCUUCCACCACACCAGAGGAAGCUUCAAGCACUGUUCUAGCGCAAAAGCCUUCUGUAGCCCGGAGCAAUUUUCAAGGCACCAAGAAAAGUCUGCUGAUGUCCAUUUUAGCCCUUAUCUUCAUCAUGGGCAACAGCGCGAAGGAGGCACUGGUCUGGAAAGUGCUGGGGAAGUUGGGGAUGCAGCCUGGUCAGCAGCACAGCAUCUUUGGAGAUCCAAAGAAGGUCGUCACAGAAGAGUUCGUGCGCAGAGGGUACCUGAUUUAUAAGCCGGUGCCUCGGAGCAGUCCCGUGGAGUACGAGUUUUUCUGGGGACCUCGAGCGCAUGUGGAAUCUAGCAAGCUGAAAGUCUUGCAUUUUGUGGCAAGGGUGCGUAACCGAUGCUCUAAGGACUGGCCGUGUAAUUACGAUUGGGAUUCAGAUGAUGAUGCAGAAGUUGAGGCUAUCCUCAACUCAGGUGCUAGGGGUUACUCCUCCCCUUAGAGAAAACAGGGGGCAGACCCUACAGGGGGGUUGGAAAGAGAAUCAAAGGUACCCCAAAGUGUAGAUUACCUGGGUCCUGAGUUGAAUAUAAUGGUGAAGAGUGGGGUAGAUACUGUGUUUAGUAUUUGUGAUCAGUGCUAAUUGCUUAAUUGCAAAAUAGAGUUUCCUUUGGAUAUUGUAAAAUUUUAUUCAUCUUAAUACAGUAGUUAAGAUCACAAUAUGUUAAAAGAUAUGAUUGAAAAAUGUUUUCUGUCAUUAAGAUUAAAUAUAAGAUUUGCUAACGUUAUAAAAUGAGAACCUUCCAUCAUUCUGUGAUCUAGAACAUAUUUUAAAUCAUUGAAAUAGGCUGUUCUUUGAAAGUUUGAAAUAACCAAUGAUGUUAGAGAAGAAUGGGGGACUUCUUUUCUGUGUGAGUGUUCUGGAAACCGUUGUGUCUGCUGUUGUGUACACUGACAACUACAUUGGUUUUGCUUAUUUACUGCAGAAUAUAGAAAACAAUAAAAACAUCAUGACGAAGA